AUGUCUAAUAAACAAGCACUUAACGUAAAAGAUGCCCUGUCAUAUCUGGAUCAAGUCAAAAUUCAGUUCUCUGACAACCCAGAUGUUUACAACAGAUUUCUUGACAUUAUGAAAGAUUUCAAAAGUCAAGCGAUCGAUACUCCUGGUGUUAUUGAGCGGGUUUCAACUUUGUUUAAAGGUCAUCCGGCUUUGAUUCAAGGGUUCAAUACAUUUUUACCUCCUGGAUAUCACAUUGAGUGUUCAACGAACCCUCACGACCCCGACUCCAUAAAAGUCACAACACCUAAUGGAACAACUACAUCUACUAUAGGACCUUUAGAUUCUCAUCAUUUACAAACAGGAGUAACUAAUUUGAGCGGAGCAAGUUAUCAUUUAUACCCUCACCAGCCACCUGCUUCGUUGAUGUCAUCGUUACCGCCGCAUCAACAAGGACCUUCUUUGCAACCACAACCGGUUUAUCAUAUUGGUUCACCACAGCAGUCAGUAGGACAACCAUCUGGUCAAUCAACUUCACAAGCAGUUGGACAAUCAGUUGGCAUUAGUGCUGCGGGAGGUUCUUCUCCAAAUGCUCAACAAGGUAAUGGUAGAAAAGGUCCUGUCGAAUUCAAUCAUGCGAUAAAUUAUGUUAAUAAGAUAAAGAAUCGGUUCUCGACGGAUCCGGAUACAUACAAGCAAUUCUUAGAAAUUUUACAAACUUAUCAAAAAGAGCAAAAACCAAUCCAAGAGGUAUAUGCACAAGUUCAAGUUCUUUUCAAGAAUGCACCUGAUCUUCUGGACGAAUUUAAGCAAUUCCUUCCGGAUAAUUCCGGUAAUUUUCCGUCAGGUGGUUUAUUCGGCGCCUUAUCUCAUGGCACACACAAGUCAUCACAUCUAAUACCUGCUAUAAAUGCCUUGGCGAAUGGUGUAUCUGGUUUGGGGACUGGCAGAUUACCACCAGUAGGAAAUUUUCCCCCCUCGCAAUCAGUUGCUUCGAUGUCCAAUGAUACAUACAAAAAGUCUUCAACAGGAGUAUCAAAUUCAACAGUUAAUAAUUCUUCAGGGCAAACUGUCGGAUCUGGUUCCGCAGGGUCUUCAAGUAUAUCCAAAAAGAAACGAUCGGUUCUUCCUGGUUCUGAUAGAAGCCCUAAUAGUCUAUUAUCAAGCAAGUCAAAAAAGUCAAAAUUACUGCAUAAACCGUCUAAUGAUCAUGUUCAGGCUGGCUCAUCGUUAGUACCGAUUAAAACCGAACCUUCAAAGGUCUCGGAUAAACAACCGGCUGCGUCAUCUGAGGAGUUGAUGUUCUUUGAAAAAGUCAAAAAACAUAUCCAAAAUAAGCAUAGUUACAAUGAAUUUCUCAAACUAAUCAAUCUUUAUAGUCAGCAAAUAUUAGACACAUAUUCACUAGUAAAAAAAGUGCAGAACUUCAUAGGGCAAAGCGUUGAACUAUUUGAAUGGUUCAAGCAAUUUGUCAAAUAUGAUGAGAAAGAUGAUAUCGUACAAAACACUGCAAAUUCUAGGCCACGUGUGGAUCUAGAAGGAUGUAUUUCAUAUGGUCCUAGUUAUCGUCAAUUACCGCUUUCAGAGGCUUCUUUGCCUUGUUCUGGUCGUGACGAAUUAUGUUGGGAAGUUUUAAAUGAUAAAUGGGUAUCACAUCCUACAUGGGCUAGUGAAGAGGCCGGAUUCGUAUCACAUAAGAAAAAUCAAUUUGAAGAAGCACUUCAUAAAUUCUUAAAGCGAUUGAAGCAGAAAGAUGAGGAAUGGAAACGCGCUAGGAGAGAAUGGAAUAAAAUAUGGCGUGAAAUUGAUGCAAAAAAUUAUUAUAAGUCCCUUGACCAUCAAGGAGAAAUGCCAGAAUAUCAGUUUAAAUUCGCCUUUAAAGAUCUUGAAGUAUUCAAGGAUGUAGCUCGGAUUUUAUUUGGAUAUAUGGAUCGUUCCGGAACUGUGGCACCGAGUGAUAGGGAUAAAAUUGAAAAAUUCUUUAAAACGUUUAUUCCCAGUUUCUUUGAUGUUCCGGCAUCUUUUUUUGAUGGGAUGAAUCAUGAAGAUUCUGCUAUGCUUGUUGAUCAUGAAGAACCUGUUGUGAACGUGCCUAUGUCAAUAGAUAAUGCUGAUGCUGAUAUUGAUAAUGGUCCAUUAUCUUCAGAACCAAUAAGCGGUAUGUGGAUUCAGGUCUCUAAAGAAUCGCGUGAAAACAUUAGGGCUGUAGUAGCUAAUGCUGGCAAUGGUAGACUAAAAAAAAAGUCUACGAGUUAUUUUUUUGGAAAUAACGCAUUUUAUUGUUUCUUCAGGUUCUUGCAGAUGUUAUUUAGUCGCCUUGAGCAGAUGAAGGAAGGAGCUCAAGAGAAAGCAUCAAAUUCAAUGAAUAAAUCACUGAAUGAUGCUGCGACUGAUUUGGGUAUUCAAAACAAUCGACUUGAUCCCGAAAUUGAUAUGGAUUUGAAUCAUGGCGAUCCUUAUACUGUGAUGAUUGAGCUUAUUGAAAAACAAUUUGAUGGUGAGAUGGAAUUACCAACAUUUGAGGAAAGUCUCCGUUAUAUUUACGGCACAAAAGCCUACAUAAUGUUCACCGUAGAUAAGCUUGUUCAAAACAUGACUAAACAAAUGCAAUUGUUGGUAUCUGAUGCGAAAUCAAAUGCUCUAAUUCAUUUAUUUGAGAAUAAUAAGCAACAACAAGAACAAUCGAGUGUCAGAUCACAUAUUAUGUACCAGUUACACGCUAAUAACACAAUUGGAUAUGAUGAACAUACAUAUCGAAUCGAUUACGACAAAGAAGAAAAUUUUUUGACCAUAUUGUUAUCUGGUCGUGACUAUACGUUGGGCAGCGCUGUAUCGUCGGAGGAAAAGUGGGCCUACUAUAUGUAUAGUUACAUGUCUUUAAAUCCUACUGAAGGCGUUUCGGCUAAAACAGACCGCCCAUUUUUAAAGAGAAAUUUGCCAUCGGUUGAAGGGUCUGAGCGGAUAUUGCCAAACGUUUUAACGCGAAAUGGCUUGGAAAUUAAGAUAUGCAUUAAUUCAUAUCAUGUAUUCUUCGUUAAUAAUACAGAAGACAGUUUCAGACGUUUACGUACUUCGGUACCAUCCACAAAAUUACGACAAGAUUCACUUCGACGAAAAGAUUUAUGGAAUCGUUGGUUGGGAUCACGAAAUGAUACCGACAGUAUGGAAAUGUAG